UCUCGCGAUACUCGGCGGCGCUUGACGUGUCCGGCCAACACAAUAAUGGCGGCGGAUGCUGUGGAGGAAGCGCUCCGGGGCAGCUGGGACCAAGAUCUAGCGGAGGCUCUGGACUCUGGCGGUUCCGACAUGGAGACGGACAAAGGCGUCGUCCACAUCGAGGAGACUUCAGCUCAACAGAGAGCAAAAAUGUGGAAGCUCGCGCUGAACGUGUCCGGUAAAGGAGACUCUCUCGCUCCCUGGGAUGGCGUCCUGGAUUUACCAGAACAGACGCUCAUUCACAGUCGCAGUCUGCAGCUGAUUGACAAGCUGCAAGUGUCCGAGGAAGAGCGGAGCGACAUGGUGUCCGACGUGGAGGCGGUGGUCACGUUCUACUGCAAGUCGCGCAACAUCAGCUUCACGUCGGACCUGAGCUGGCCUCACCUCCUCAAGCCGCUGCUGGGGCUUCGGCUGGCCCGCAGAGACCUCUACAACUGCUUCUACGCCAUCAUGAACAAGCACGUACCCCGUGAGUGCGUACCCAAGGGCCGCCCUUUCCACCUAUACAGACUGCUCCUGCAGUACCACGAGCCUGAACUCUGCUCCUUCUUGGAUACCAAAAAGAUCACGCCUGACUCGUACGCCAUCAACUGGAUGGGCAGCCUCUUCUCCAGCCACUGCCCGCCCGACGUCACCCAGGCUCUGUGGGACUGCUACCUCCAGCAGGCGGACCCUUUCCUCAUCUUCUUCCUCAUGCUCAUCAUCCUCGUCAACGCCAAAGAAGCGAUCCUUGACAGAGAAGGAGACAGCAAAGAGGACGUCAUCAAAAUGCUGGAAGAAUCUCCUUCCCUACUUGAGGCUGAGGACAUUGAGGAUUUAUUUUCCCUGGCGCAAUACUACCAGAGCAAGACCCCUCUGUCGCUCAGGAAGAUGAACCAAAACCUGUUCGGUAGCAGCCUCGUAGCUUUGAAGGAAGAGGACAUCGACCUGAGUCAGGCACUCUGCCUCCCCGUGUCCGUCCCGGAAAUCCUGCAGGCCAACCAGCAUCAGCAGGACGGGGUGCGCUUCUUUGUCGUGGAUUGCCGUCCGGCUGAGCAGUACAACGCCGGUCAUUUGUCCACCGCCUUCCACCUGGACUCAGACCUGAUGCUCCAGAACCCGUCCGAGUUCGCCCUGUCGGUCAAGUCCCUCCUGGAGGCCCAGAAGCAAUCCCUGGAGUCGGGCUCCGUCGCCAGCGGAGAGCACCUGUGCUUCAUGGGCAGCGGCAGAGAGGAGGAGGACAUGUACAUGAACAUGGUGCUGGCUCAUUUCCUGCAGAAAAACAAGGAGUAUGUCAGCAUCGCUAAGGGGGGCUUUAUGGCUCUUCAGCAGCACCUGGUGGACAUGAACGUGGAGGGCUUGGACUCGUCGUACAUCCACUGGAUCGUCAGCACGUCGGGAUCUCACGGCGGCCUCGGCUCGGCAGACGGGGAGUCUUUGAGCGACGGCAAAGGCGUCAAGUCGUUGGUCAACAAAAUGACUUUUGCCCUCAAGUCCAAGUCGGUGAAUGUAAAAGAGAAGAUGAUCAGCUUCAUUGAAAACACGUCCACCCCUGUGGACAGACACGUGAGCAGCAGCGACCGCGUGGGCAAACCUUACCGCGGGGUGAAGCCCGUUUUCAGUAUCGGUGACGAAGAGGAGUACGACACAGACGAGAUCGACAGUUCAUCUAUGUCGGACGACGACCGGAAGGAGAUUGUCAACGUCCAGACGUGGAUCAACAAGCCGGACGUGAAGCAUCGCAUCCCGUGCAACGAGGUGAAGGAGACGGGUCACAUGUUCCCCAGCCACUUGCUGGUCACGGCGACGCACAUGUACUGCCUGCGCGAGAUCGGCGCCAGGAAGGGCUUCGCUUACAUCCAGUCCAGGCAAGCGCUGAGCUCCGUGGUGAAGAUCACGUCCAAGAAGAAGCACCCGGAGCUCAUCACCUUCAAGUUUGGCAGCAACAACUCGACCGCGGGAGUGGAGAUCUCCGCCGUGGAACGAUAUCUGAUCCCCAACGCCGGAGACGCCACCAAGGUGAUCAAGCAGCAGAUCAUGAAAGUCCUCGAUGCGCUGGAGAGCUCGUAAAAUGGAAGACGACGACGACGACGACGACAAUGGCGCCGUAUGGUGGCCGCUUGCCCCCCGCACACAAACUGUUCAAGUCACCUCGGGACCCGACCCGACGCGGUGCGGCGUGGCGUCCGCUGCACAACUGCGAGAGCCGGGAGCGUAUAAUGCUGCCCUCUUUACAUUAACUUAUAAAUGAUCUAUAUAUUGGAUAUACUGUCAUAUUUGUUCAUUCUAAAGCAGUGCAAUUCCACUUUGGAAGCGUCCCUCUGGCCUUAAAGGUAGCGUUACCCUCCGAGCAUUUGUUUAAUGAUUACGUGACAUUCUGUGUUUAACGUUGAUCAGUGUUUGCGCUGACAUAUUUCCACAAGAGCUGAUUUAGGCGGAAACGUGCAGAAUGUACAGAACUACUGGCGUCGAGGCGCCAGCCCGUUGCAGUCAGAUUUUCCUUCUCGUCUUUGAAUUUCCUUCAUUUCUUUGAUUUUCCAGCAGGCAGCCUUAAGUAGAAAGCCCCUGUGAGGUUCAUUAUUAAUAUGUACAUAUGAUACGCUGCUGUUAUGUGAAGCAUAUCCAGAAUUAGAGUAUGCAGCAAGGCUUUAAAAAUCAUCUCCUGAUGGGUGUGUGAUGUAGCAAUUGAGCAUCUUCCUUUGCUUAUGAGAGGAGGUUUAAUGAUCGUCGUUUAUCACACCCGUCCGUAUUUGUUUUUUGCACUUGCGCUUGAAAGGAAACAUUAUUGAUGAUACAUUCUGUACAAUAACACAAAAACUUGAAUGCUCAAAUUGCAACGAUUGCCUUUAUUCACGCCGAUCUUUCUCCCGCGUUACGCCCAAUGCAUCGUGCUGUAAAUGUGAUACUUGCAGUAUUUGAACAGGAAUGAAAUUAUUGGGACUAGUCUGUGUACAACUGGUUAAAAUCACUUAGGGUCAUUUGCACCUUACUGUAUUGCUAUUAUUUUCUAAACAAUUCCCAUUUUAAUAAAAGAAAGUGAUAUCA